GCUGUUAUCCCUUUCUGUCACAAGGUGUGGAAACAAAGUGAGAUGGCGCGCGCCUGCUUGUCUAUGAUUAUGUCAAGUUGGGUUCGGAUUUGGUGAAAGGUGGAAGUGUGUCAGACAUAUGCGCGACAUGGGCGGGAAUAGACAUGUGUUUAUAAACCCCCAGUGUGUGUUUCGUGGGGCGGAAAUACUUCACUGUGGCAACGAGCGGAGACGACGAGGAGAGGGGAUGAGAGACGCAUGAGCGUCGGCUCUGAUUCUCCAAGGGUGUAUGGGGGUUUGGCUAGAGGAGGCGCGUUGCAGUCUGACCCCUCCAUACCACCUGUGUGGAUGACCACUUCAACAUCAUCCGACAGCGUUGAGAACCACGGUUACUCAAAGACGGAGAUGGGCGUCAUUACAGUUGAGAACAUGUUGGAGGAGUCAAUGGCGCUUUCGAGACACCUGUCCGUGGAUCGAUAUGAGCAAGAGCUCGGGUGCGAGAGGGUGGUUAUCAACAUUUCAGGCUUGCGAUUCGAAACUCAACUAAAAACUUUCAAUCAGUUUCCCAAAACGUUGCUCGGGGACCGGAGAAAGAGGAUGCGUUACUUUGACCCACUGAGGAACGAGUAUUUCUUCGACAGAAACCGACCCAGCUUUGAUGCCAUUCUCUAUUAUUACCAGUCGGGAGGGCGCAUCAGGAGACCUGUUAACGUGCCCAUUGACAUCUUCUCUGAGGAGAUCAAUUUCUAUCAACUCGGGGAAGAGGCUAUGGAAAAAUUCCGGGAGGAUGAAGGAUUCAUAAAAGAAGAGGAACGUAUUUUACCAGAUAAUGAAUUCCAAAAGCAGGUUUGGCUUUUGUUUGAGUACCCUGAAAGCUCUGGGCCAGCUAGGGGAAUAGCCAUAGUCUCCGUGCUUGUCAUUUUAAUCUCAAUUGUAAUAUUCUGUUUGGAGACCUUGCCUGAGUUUCGGGAUGACAGAGAUCCUGUCACUGUGGCACUUACAGUCAACGGGACGGCCUCCUACCAUGUAAAUCCAUUCACCGACCCUUUCUUUGUGAUAGAGACACUUUGCAUAAUAUGGUUCUCUUUUGAGUUGCUGGUCAGGUUCUUCGCGUGCCCAAGCAAAUCUACGUUCUCAAAAAACAUAAUGAACAUCAUCGACAUUGUCGCCAUAUUUCCCUACUUUAUCACUUUGGGGACAGAACUGGCUGAGAAGCAGGGUAAUGGUCAGCAAGCCAUGUCCCUGGCCAUUCUCAGAGUGAUAAGGCUCGUGAGAGUCUUUCGUAUCUUCAAGCUCUCCAGGCACUCUAAGGGGCUACAGAUUUUAGGGCAGACACUAAAGGCAAGCAUGAGGGAACUUGGACUGUUGAUAUUUUUCCUUUUUAUUGGAGUUAUCCUUUUCUCAAGUGCUGUUUACUUUGCUGAGGCCGAUGACCCGUCAUCCAGUUUUACAAGCAUCCCAGAUGCGUUUUGGUGGGCUGUGGUCACCAUGACUACUGUCGGAUAUGGAGACAUGCACCCUGUGACCAUUGGUGGCAAAAUUGUUGGGUCAUUGUGUGCUAUUGCCGGAGUGUUAACUAUUGCUCUCCCUGUGCCAGUUAUUGUCUCCAACUUCAAUUACUUUUACCAUAGGGAGACUGAUGGAGAAGAGCACGCACAGUACUUGCAUGUCAGCAGCUGCGAGCACCUACCCUCAGCCACAGAUGAGCUGAAAAGGACUCGCAGCACCUCAUCUCUGAGCAAGUCGGAAUAUAUAGAGGAGGGCAUCAACAGUGGGUAUAAACAGCCCAACUUCACCAAUGAGAGUAACCAAAACUGCGUGAACAUCCAAAAGAUAUUUACGGAUGUGUAAACGCUUUCACUUUAUAUGGAGUAUGAUGAUAGAUAGAAUACAGUUGCAACGACAAUUGUUUUCUAUGAUGGCUAAUCGUGACGUGUAGGGGCACACUGUAUCUGUCAGGUGGAGUGUGCACCGCUAUAGUGUACCACACAGGUUCGACCGCACUGUCAUCUUUCGAUUCGUCCUUGAGUCAAAAAUACGUGUUGAUGUUCGGUAGUUCGAUAGGUUGUAGGCCUAAGUGUUGCAUAUUUACCCCCGAAUCGAAGCAGAGUUGUCGUUGUGUUUUUUUGAGGGGGAAAGUUCAGUUAUCAGUGUUCAGUGUUCUUGUCAUGAAUAGCAAUAUAAUCUACAAUGUCUAUAUGAUGUCAUUUUCAUCGGAUGUUAAUAGGCUAUGCCUCACUGAAUGGGCAACCUAUGCGUAUUGGAAAAAUCAUGGACAUGACAUACUGUAGCCUGCACUAUGAGAGCAGACUGAGUAUUGUUUAGGUUUAGGCUCUUAUUGUUCUGAUCUGAUACAAAGGGGAACUUAGGCUAUGUAUUUGUUUUAUGUUUACAAUGUUACUUUUAGCAUUACAGCUUAUAGCCUAUACCAAAAAAAAAAUGUUUAAGAUAUGGAAGGAUCAAGACUUUGGAAUGCCUUUGAUAAAAUACCUCCAUAAAAUCUAAAUGUAUCAUUGCGCAUAACAUAGGUCAAAAUAUGUUGCAUAGCCUACAAUUGAUGGUGGUACUAAUCCUUGGUAAUCGAUGUAUCUUAUUAAAAUUCGAUCCAAAGACUGUCAUCAGGACUAUUUGGAAUUUAUUUUCCUACAAAACAUGACUUCAAGACUGUUUCCAUCAUGGAGGAUAGUGUGAGCACAUUGCUGAAGACAUGGACACAAUGCAUAGUGCGAGUGGAUAGAAGAAUGAAGAACAGCAAAGUCACGCCCCCUGGAUGCGACUGUGCGCGCGUUGUGAUGCAGUCGCCAUGACGACUACAGAUUCCUGGGAUGGACAUUUUCAUCACCCCAUCUCAACUUUCCAAUAACCAUCACCCAACAGACAAUGCAGCAGCAAAACACCUACACUCUGGAGGUCAUUUAUCACUAUAUUUUUCUUCCUUAUGUAAUGUGGUGGAUUAUGAUGUAAACGAAUGAGAGAACUUAUCGUCUUGGACAUACUGUACAGUCAUAAAAACUGCCUGAGUUUCAACCAAAGUAUUUUGACUGACCCAUAAUAGACUUUAACGUCAGUGUCUCAAACUCUUACCUCCAAAGGCCUUACAGGAGGAUUACCCUGACACAUCACUAUGGGAUUCAAGCUCCACCAGCACAACCCUCCACCAGCACAAAUCUUCCGCACAUACACACUGCACUGUACUGGCCCGGGGAGAGACGCCAGAGGCAAGGUGCCACGGACACAGUGUCUUCAGCUGAGACCUCCCCUCCCCUCCAAUGGACUGCCUGGGGGAAAGGAGUGUGUGCUGCACUCUGUCUCUUCCCUAGUGUCUUAGUUCUGGAAUAAGAUCCCAGAGAGACCAGCACAAGAGGACACACUGUGUAUGUUGCCGUUAUGUGUCUCCCUAGUCUUCAGCAGGCCUGUGUUUGGUCUAUAGCUACCCCCAGUGGAGUAGAGGACUGAGGUCAUGUUUUGUAGCAUCACAAUGUAUUCAUGGUGUGUUGCCGUUGUCCCAGGACAAAUGUAAGCACAUAAAUGUGUCUGCAAAUCA